UCGGGGUCACGAUGCCAGGGCGACCAAGAAAAUCGGAAGAAAAAGUUCCCGUGCUUGGGUGACCGAGUCUAGACAGUUGAGAACGUCAUGGCGUCUUUGGUGAGACCGCGGUCAGUACGGAGCGGAGCACCACUACGGGACAAACUCGCUGUGGCUCAUCGUACAGACAUUCUUAUCAAAGAACAGGUCCAGGUGAUUCAAGACCUUCAGGACAGCCUGGCAAAGUCGCUACAUGAGCUGAAGAAUUCCCGCUCCAUCACAGAAGUGGACUUCCACAACACUCAGGUGCACAUUCUCAGGGCCAAGUCUGAGGAGAUGGUGCUCAAGCUUCAGGUUGCCUCGAAGAUCAAUGAUGAGCUGCUGUUUGCAAGAGAAAUACUGAAAAAAGCUAUCAGGGAGGACAAGGAGGUACAGCAUGCCAGAGACAGAGUGGAGUGGCUUGAAGGCCGAAUUGAAGGCCUGUUGGACAGAAACAGACUCUCCCACUCACUGUCAUCUGACAGUAUCCCCUCCCUCUCACACAGAGAGGUCCAGGUGGUGCCACACCUCCAGCCAAGUCUGCAGCACAGUUUGGAAAAACUCGACCAAGGCGACGUCAUUUCCCACGACAUGGAGAGAGCAUCCUUAGACGACAAGUUCGACUCACCAACUCCCGUAGAAAAACUUCCAGACGAGGUUUACAGCAAAGUAACUGAGAAGAAACAGAAGAAAACCAAGAGGAGGCAGAGUCGGCGCACAGCGUCCGCGGAGGGUUCCACCGUUUCCAGCGAUAGACCGUACAGCGAUAUUCGGGAGGAGAACGAGAGAGUCUUACAGGGGAGACUGGACAGCGAGGACGAUAUGUCGCCGUUGCCGCCACUGCAUAUCAGAAAGCAAGUAAGAGAGCUGACACUGGCCACUGAAGCAACAGUGUAUCCUCCCAGCUCCAUGUACAGUAGUGAUGGGGAGCGCUCCGAGGAGAUGAGUUCGACAGAGUCAGGGGAGGAGUCUGAAGACAUGAGCUCCACGGAGGAGGAGGAGGAGGAAGAGGAGAGGGUGAUGGAGAACGGGUCAGGAGAAGAUGAUUCAGGAGAGCUGGACUCUUCAGGAGAUCCAACAGAAUCAAAAGGCACAGAAAGCAGACAGUCAGAAGACCAGACCACCGAGACAACAGAAAACUCCUCAUCCGAUCAUCAAGUACAGAAGAAGGUUGCUUUACAGGACAUCAAAACAGAAACUCCAGGCAAGCUUGGUGCUGAGGACAGUGGGGUGUUCCUGACAGAAACAGAAGAGCUGCCUGGUGGUACGUCUGACUACUGGAGCUCCAAGCAUCACCGCUAUGAGUGGAACGACUAUGCUACUGCCCUGCUGGAGGAGAACCCACUGUCCUACCACCAGCUGGGCUUGGCUGUGCACUCCAGCUAUGUGGAACCAUAUGUUCCUGGCAGCCCAGAGUUGCCAUGGCGACCAAGAAGAAAAGGAAGUGACAUCAUCGACCCACAUAGGAAAGCGCUUGACAAGUUGUCGCGUAGCCUCCGCGGGAUGUACGAGAAGGUGGAGCAGGCUGCGGAGAGCUCGGUACAGGUGGACCCGCGCUGGUCAACCAAGGACUGGAACGAUACUGUGGCCGUGUCAUCACUGGCUCUGGGAAGUCAGGCUGCCACAACUCUAACUACACCUGGGAGUCCUCCUGGCAAGAUGAAGAUGCCCUCGAUCUCCCGGGUGACCGGUCUGGCCCCGCCCCCCAGCGCUGAGUCGGUGACGUUCCCGCCUGUCGACACGCAGCGUCUGGGCACCAGCCAAUCAGGACGCAUCACCUACUACCCCAAACCCGUCCCUCCGCCCAAGAAAAAACCCAUCACAAGAACUGACCGCAGCGUGGAGUUUCCUCGCAAGGCGGACAUCUGGAACGAGACGGAGCCGCAGGCCGCGGAGGAACAGCCGCGUAUCGUGAACCAGGGCAGCAUGAGGAGUGAGACCCAGCUGGUCCUGUACAAACCUCGCAGGAAACGCCCCAGGGGAUCCGCACAGUCCAUGAGUGAGAUCAUGGGAGUCACACAGAAAGCCAAGAAAAGGGUUGCAUUGAGGGACCCUAUGACUCUGGCACGGACUGUCAUGAACAUGGACCUCCUCCCCAAAGGCUACACAGAUGCCUUGAAACUAGGUAGAACAGACGCCCUUCCUUUGUCCAGUGGCAGGUCCGCUGCAGCGUCACUGGACUCCAUGAAGGCAGACAGGAUACAGGCUCUCAUCAAUGAUGCCAUGACAUCCACCAGACCAGAGGAUCGCAGACAAGCAGCAAAGGGUUUAGGAGUACUAGGAUUGGACCAGGGGAAUGUCAUAACAGCACUGAGAGACAUGGUGGCAAACGAUGAAAACUCCAAAGUGAAGUAUGAAGCAGCCAAAUCCCUGCUGACUUUGGGACUAUGGGAUGAGCCAACCAUAGACCUGCUUGUUCAGCACAUUAAGGAAGGAGAUGACAACACCAGAACAGACCUGCUCCAAACCAUGGCUUCUGCAAAAAACAUCCACUUCAUUGACAAGAGUACAAAAUCCUUCAGAAGUCUCCACAAAGCCCUGCACACCUUGUGUUCUCCUAAGAACCCAAGUGAAGCUACAGGGUUUGAUGCCGCUGUGUGCCUGGGGUACAUGUGUGUGUCUGAUGACAGGGCCACGGAGAGACUACUGUCAGCUUUAUCUGUCAAGGAUCCUCACAAGAAAGCAAAGGCUCUUGAGGUGGUUGUGCGACAGAUGAACUCCAGAGAGCCCCAGGUCAGGGAGGCCAUCUUACAACAACUCAAGGCAUCUCCUGUUUGGAAGUAUCGAGCUGCAGCUGCAAAGUUAAUCACCUAUCUAGGCCCCACCUUCCUGACAGGAGAGGAGGAUAUUGAACAUGUGUUCCAGAUUCUGGACAGACGACUGUGGGACGACCCAAAACGGGAGGUUCGAGCAACAGUUGCCCUCGCUGUGGAGGCCUUGAACAUGAAGACCAGAGCAUAUGAACUGGCUGAAAGGAGACUAGAAGACUCCAGUGAGGAUGUGAGAGCUCAGGCUGUUAUCACACUGGGCACCCUGGGAGUGCGGAAGGAGCGUACGUUACGACUGCUGCUGGAGAUGUUAGAGCUGGACUCCAGCGAGUACGUCAGACUUCAGGUGGUGCGUACGUUCUGUAACCUGGGGAUCGUGGACAUCCGCGCCAUCAGGAGUCUGCGGGAACGGGAGAGAGGAGAGGGACCGCUGGCCAGGGAAGCAGGAAAGGCUGUGAGAUUCUUGACUGAACUCACCAACUCCAAGUCACCGGUUUGAGGAUCCAAGAAGUGGGGUGUGGUAGUUUGAACAGAAAAUAAUUGAAGUUACAUGAGGGAAAAACUAUUUCCAUGCAACACAUGAAAAUGUAACUGUGACAGUAGUACAUAUUUUUAACCAAACUGUUUGCUGAGGCUGUAAGAAAGAUGCAGUUGAAUUUGAACUUCAGGAUAGCUUUAUUAAAGGCAUCCAGUGCAGUUUUUAGGACUCGGAAACCCAAUUUUUCAAAGCCAAUAUUCUAGUCAUUUAUCUACAUACUGAGU